AUGGCGGAUAUCAUAGCGGGGAGGUGGGCAAUUGUGAUUCUCUCCCCCAAGAUGAUCCUGUCAAAGAAGUUUAUCAACAAUGUUAUUCGGAAACCAGAGAUGUCUCACUGCAUCCUGUCAGUGGUGGUGGAUGAGGCACACGUCAUUUCCCACUGGGGAUCAGGCUUCCGAAAGAAGUAUGGAACGCUGGGAGUACUUCGCACAUUGCUUCCAAAAGGAACACCUGUCGUCGCGAUGUCAGCAACACUUGCGGGCGACCUCGAGUUCCUCAUCCCAAAGGGCAGACGAAGGGCAGACGAAGUCCCGAAAGGUUUCAUCUAUGCAGACAAUGUGUCAGGUGGCCUAGACAUGGUGGAUUAUUUGGAUGGACUGCUACCUACCGAGUUGCAAGGGAUGGGCCUCAUCCAGCCAUACAAUGCGGGUCUGUCAAAGGAAUGUCAUGACUUGGUGAUGGGGCUUUUCAAGGUGGGAAUCAUGCGGAUUCUUGUUUGUACUGAUGCUGCUGGGAUGGGAUGCAACAUACCUGACAUAGAUAUUGUUGUCCAGUUGAAGUUGACGGCCACAGUCUCGGCUUUUGUCCAACGAGCAGGCCGCGCAGCACACAUGCCAGGCCAAACUGGACUUGCCGUUUUGCUAGUGGAAAAAUCAAUCUACAAUGCUGACCUGGACAAAGGCGGUCAAGACAAGCAGAAGACAAAAGGAAAGAAAACCAUACGGCAAUCGUCAAACUACCCUAAGGCCAAAACCAAGGAAUAUGUGAUCAAAUGUGGCGUCCGUCGGGGCGCAUAUGGAGGCCUAUUUGAUGAGGUUGCGACGGGGGUUGAUGUUCCUGUGGAUGUAUCCUCAAUUGACGAGGCCCCGACAGUCCCUUGCUGUGAUGUUUGCAACCCUGAGCUUCUGAACCAUACGCACCCAGCUCCACCUCAGCCAAAUUCUUGGAAAACGGCUGCAUCAUAUGAAGCCAUUAAUCCCACAACAAAGUCGAGCCUCACAGAAUGGCAUACCAAAAUUUGGAACCGCGACUUUGACGAUGCGAUCUUCAGCCCUGCGGGAAUCCUUAGUGAUGGCGCACUCAAGAAGCUGGCCUCCAUGGCAAGCCCUAUUGAAAAUUUGAUUGGGUUAGAAAGUGUGAUUGGUGGAUGGGCAUGGUUUGGGACUUAUGGUGACGAGCUCUUGGCAGAAAUCAAAACCCUCCCAUUCAAGUCCAUACCAAACCAGAAGCAGAAGAGGGUAGCAAAGUGGUCAAUGGUGGAUGAGGCAGAUGGUGAGAGUCUGGCAAAGCGAAUGUGUGUCUCAGCUGCUCCCACACCUCAGGUUGUGAUGUGUGUCGCAGUUGCUCCCACACCUGUCCAACCCACGAUGUCACCCCCGAUUGCUGGUCCAUCAACACCCAUGCAUGCAUAUCCUUACUCACAAUACCCUCAAAGUGUCAUGCUGGGGCAUCCUUGGACAAUUUACUAUCGCCCAAGCUACUAUCUGACCCCACCUCGCAAUUACAAUUCACCUCAACAACCACAUGUAUACUAUCCUUAUUACCCCUCUGCAAACCUAUACCACCAACUCCCACCAUGA